GCGGCGUCGGAUCUGGCGUGGGGACCGGUCUCUGCCUGCGCGUGCGCGUUGCGAACCUUCCCCUGCGCUGUUUUGUGCUUCAACAUGGAAUUCCGCUCGGCUCGGGGAGCAGUCCUGCAGCUGCUGCGUACGGUGGCUCCGGCAGACCUCCCAGCGCUGAUUGAGUGGAUGCGAACUACCCACUAGAAGAGAACAUUCUCAACCUGAUAAUGGGCAUCUGUGAAAAAUCUACAGCUAACCUCAUACUUAAUGGUGAAAGACUGAGUUCUUUCCCCUAAAUUCAGAAAUGACAAGAAUGUGCACUCAUUACUACUAUCCAGCAUCAUAAUACAGCUUCUGGCCAGUACAAUACGGAAGAAAAAGAGGAGGGAGGCAUUUCAGUUAGGAACAGGAGAUUUUGAUGAAUUCACUCAAGACAAUAAUGACAUUAUGUUGAAAAACAUAGCGGAGGACCUUCGGAAUUGCUUACCUCUUGACACAAUGCUGUCCUCAGAACAUCUAUCCCUCCGAAAAAUAGAGCAGCAGCCAGAACCCACAGUUCACGUUGAUGCAUUCCUUUAUGAUGAAGACUUUAUUGAUUCAUUAUGUGAGGAAGGAAAAAUGAGCAGAAACUACUGUAUGGUGUGUGGCUCACAUCAGACUGCACCUUUAGGAUUUAUUUCUCAUUCCUUCUCCCUCGUGGAAUUGAAGUUCAUUUAUCAUCAUGUACUCCCUGAUCUGUCGGGAAAAGUCUUGGUUGACGUUGGCUCCAGGCUUGGCACGGUCCUUUAUGGGGGUUAUCUUUACAGUUCAGCACUGCAGCUAUAUGGAGUAGAAUUGAAUGGAGACUUUUGCCAAUUGCAGGAAAUGGUCAUAAAAAAAUACCAGUUUACUGACAGAGUAAAGGUGCUUCAUGCAGACAUCUGUACCCAGGGUUCACUUCUGCAAAAUGCUGAUGUUAUUAUAAUGAAUAAUGUCUUCGAAUAUUUUCUUGAUGAAGCAGAACAGGCCAGAGCCUGGGAAUGUAUCAGCCAUAAUGUAAGGAAACAAGGAUCGUUAUUAGUAACAGUACCAAGUCUUGAAGAUUCUCUUUCACGCCUGCAGAUUAAUAUACAAUUAUCUUCCUGGGUUGAAGAGGUAACACUGAACUAUGAUGUAUACCCAGAAAAGCAUAUUGACAGAGAAGCUCUUGAACAAAUUCAUUUGUAUAAGAUUCUAUAACAUAAAAUAGUCCUACCUCAGCAUAAUGUUUUGUUGAAUAUAUUACAAAUUAAUAAAAAAGAAACAUCACCCCAAUACCUGGACACAUACUUCUGUAUAUUUCUUUUAGACUUAUAUAUAUGUUUACCUAUUUGUAAAUAGUUGUAUAUGUAUAUGUACAUAUACAUAGUUGUGUAUAGACACAUAGUUGUGUCUAUAUACAACUUUGAUUUCUGUGAUAAUUUAAUUAAAAUAUUUACCUGAA